AUGACGUUUGCAGAAACUAGUGGACCCUACCCAAACGUCUCACCGGCGUCGCAACAAGCAGCUACCACCCUACCCAAAUGUCUCACCGGCGUCGCAACAAGCAGCUACCACCAUGAGAGACAAAGGGUCGAAGUGACCCCACGCGAAGGGCCAGGCCUGAGUCCCCUCCAACACAGGGUCUUCCCCCACCUAGGCCCCGUAGGCCGCCCCAACUUCCCCAUCCUCCCCCUCCCUCCUUCCAUCACCCCGAAUCGGAGCGACCGCGGUAGCGGCAGCGGUGGGCAGUUUGCCCACAGCAGCCACCAACUCCCCCAAGAGAGCAGGAAUGCUCUCCUGUUCCGUCCAGAGACGGCGCAGCGACGACCGAAUUUGCUGGCCAGAGUCAGCAUCGAAACCACACCGAGUCCCAAGGGGAAGGGGGUCUACUCACGGCCAGCCCCAACUCAAGGGCAGCCCGAGUGGCGCGUGCCUCCUCGUAGAGGUCCCGCUCUGGGCGGCCAGGAGGGCCACCUGAUUGGCCUCGGUGGCGGCGGCAAUGACGUUGGCGGGAAGGAGGGGGGUGGCCUCUUCGGCGGUGUCAUACUGACAUUCGUUGCACUCAUUACCAAGACUGGUUAG